CUGGGGCCUGGGAUGCAAACAUUACACUGUUUCUCUCUGACGGUACCAAGGGCAUUGAUCGAAAAGGACGGUGAAACUGAGGGUGGCAAAGUACCGGUACCGUAGCAACAAUCGAGCUUGUACGGUUGGAGCGCUGUCGACAGCCCGCAGUGUAUACUUGUUUGUAAGCAGUAAAUGUGGCUUCGGUGACCAGCAAGUCCAAGCAGCUGUGCUGUUGAGGCGCAUUGACUGGAGUUUUCUCGUUCCUCUCCUCUCAUCCCAUCCUAUCCAUAUUUCCCACAAAAACAAGUUGGACACAAGCAAAGUUUCUUUGACUGCUGUUCCAAACAUUCGUUUGUUUAUUGGCGAGACAUCGACAAGAGAAAAAAUCCUUCAAAACUACGAAACGAAAACCAACCCCCCCUCGACAAGAAAAAGAAAAAGAGAAGGCAUGAAGCUCAUAGGUUGCUUGGUGGCCACACUGCUGCCGAUAACGGUGGUCUUUGCUUCUCCUUCUUCCAUGCUGAUAGAGCGCAAAAGAAACCUACGAAAUUUUCCCAGCAGUUCUGCUGACGGAGCUGCUACUGCCGCUACAGGUGUGGUUGCUGGUCUUCAAGACGAGAUCAAAUGGUUGAAAAGCCAGUUAGUUGCGUUGAGCGCCCGUUUGGAUGAGGAGGCUGAAGAAAGGGCCAUACUGGAGUCCAAAACCAACAAGAAUCUUGAAUCAUUAGGUUCCACUGUUGCUCAGCUCCAGAUUACUGCCACUGCCAGUGGCAACUUCAACCUCCAAGGACACCGUCAUCUGGCAGAAACCUUGCAGGAUGUCAUCACAAAGACAGCAUGCAUCAGUGAUGCUAGUGAUUGGCAGCAAGUUCUGGUUGGACAACAACUGCAUUACAAACUUCUAUGUGUACCCAUGCUUUCCGGACAGAGACACCCUUGAUGCUGCAUUGGGAGAUAUUGAGACUGCUGAGGCAACAUAUGGGCCAAUCUACAGCUGGUGCUUUGAAGAGGUGUCAAUGAGUGGUCUGUUCUCCUCAAUGAGUAGUUUUGAUGAAGACAUCGGCGGCUGGAAUGUCUCUCUUGUACAUGAUAUGACAAAAAUGUUCCGCUCUGCAACAACUUUCGCCCAAGACAUCUCAAGUUGGGAUGUAAGCAGAGUCACUGACAUGUAUCAGAUGUUUUAUAGUGUCCGUGUCUUCAAUGGUGACAUUUCCAGUUGGGAUGUUGGCAAAGUUACAUCGAUGGAGCAAAUGUUUUAUGCUGCCAGGCUUUUCAACCAUUCCUUAGCAGAUUGGGAUGUAAGCCAAGUGACAUCGAUGCACCAGAUGUUCUCAUGGAGUCGAGCGUUCAACCAAGACCUCUCAAGUUGGGAUACUAGCAAGGUGGAAGACAUGUCUUGGAUGUUUUGCCUUGCCAAUUUAUUCAAUGGAGAUAUUUCUACCUGGGACGUCAGCAGAGUUACCUAUAUGGAAUCCAUGUUCAGAGGUGCCGAAGUCUUUAACCGAGACUUGUCUGGGUGGGAUGUCAGCAAGGUAACAAGUCUUGACAACAUGUUCUUGUACGCCCAUCCAUUUGACCAAGACAUCUCCAUGUGGAAUGUUAGCCAAGUCCAAACCAUGUCUUACAUGUUUCUUCAGGCUGAACGAUUCGACCAAGACCUCUCCAAUUGGGAUGUUAGUCAAGUAACUGACAUGAGUCACAUGUUUUAUAAUGCUUGGGUCUUCAAUGGCGACAUUUCCAGCUGGGAUGUCGCAAAAGUUACAGACAUGGAAACAAUGUUUUAUAAUGCUCGGGUCUUCAAUGGUGACAUUUCCAAUUGGGAUGUCAGCCAGGUUGCAAGUACGGAAACGAUGUUCCAAGACACAACCUCUUUUAACCAGGAUCUUUCCAGGUGGAACACGACCAGUCUUGUCAACACACAUAGGAUGUUCUACGGGGCAUUGUCUUUUCAGCAAGACUUGUGUGAAUGGCAAACAAAGCUGUCUACAGAGGCAUCUGUUUCGGGCAUGUUUUCUGGAACAAAUUGCACUUUUGAUGAAAAUGGUGGUACUCCCCAAUUGUUGAAUGAUUAUUGGGCUGAUCUCUGUUCUCAAUGUGUUAUUCCUUCGGAUUCACCUUUUGCACUGCCAUCAAGCAGCCCAAGCAAAAGCAGCAGCCCAAGUAUGUAUCCCUCUACAACCACCAAUCCAUCAAGUAUCCCAACCAGCCAACCCAGUAUUUUCCCUAGUAGCAUACCAUCAAGUUUGCCAACCAAGCAACCCAGCAAACUUCCCACCCAGAGCCCCAGUCUGAAUCCAACCACAGAACCAUCAAGCAACCCAAGCUCACCUCCAUCAACAAGUGGCAGUCCCAGCAGUUCUCCUUCAAGAUUCUGUUUUGAUUCCCGCACAACGCUUCUGGAAAAACUGGAUAACAUUGCAGAGGCCGAGCUAGAGUAUGGUCCAAUCUACAACUGGUGCUUCCAUGAAAUGUCCUUUGAGCAGCUUUUUAGCACUCAACGAUAUGACAAUGCUAGUGCCUUCAACUACGAUAUUGGUGGAUGGGAUGUUAGUCAAGUUGUGAGUUUUCAGAAUAUGUUUUACGGUGCCUCAAGCUUUGACCGGGACAUUUCAGGAUGGGCCACCAGCAAGGUGGCAAGUCUUGCCAACAUGUUCUAUGGAGCUAGUUCUUUCAAUAAAGCCUUAUCUGACUGGGAUGUGAGCAAGGUGCAAGGGAUGGGAAACAUGUUCCGUGGAGCCACUGCCUUUGACCAGGACAUUUCCAGCUGGGAUACAAGUAAGGUUGUUUCUAUGCUCAACAUGUUCAAUGGAGCCAGCUCUUUCAACCAAGAUGUGUCGAGUUGGGAUGUGACCAGUGUCACCGAUGUCAAAGGCAUGUUCAACCGAGCCAGCUCUUUCAACCAAGACUUGUGUGCAUGGAAGUCAGAAUUGUCUAUGGAUGCAUCUAGUUGGGGUGUCUUCCUUUAUACUGCUUGCCCCAAGGCUGUCACUCCAUCCAAUGAUGGCACUGUUUGGACUGAUCUUUGCUAUGCAUGUUAG